ACGGGUUUAGCCAUUUUUACUGUCCUAUAUGUGACCCUCUUUUUUAAAGAGGCGGAAUCCUUGGCCAACUGUAAACGCCGCAAUAGCUAACUCACAGCCACCUCCACCACCGAAGGGAACACAUCGUUCUUCUUGUCCACACUAAAUUGGUAGCCGGAAUUCAUCAUGCCCAAAGAGAAGAGCCCUGGCUUGAAGAUCUUAUGGCUCUGGACCUUUGGAACUGCUGCUGUAUUAGUUGGCAAUGCGUUGAGGACAACAAUAAGGGACAUGGACGCGCUCAUGAAUGCCGAACAACAAAAACAUCAUGAUCCCCCUCAAAUUAUAAUGGAUACGUUGCCUCCCCAAACUGAAGCUGAUUUUCCUGAUGAUAAAACAUGAUUGCCUUAUUGUUUUGUUUCUUUUUUACUUUUUGGGUUAUGACUUAUGAUAUUGUCAUCUUUAUUGUUGUUCAGAACUUCAAACAAUGCGUGAUAAAAGAGUGCCCACAACGUGUUUGUUGAA